AUGGCAACUUCUUCUCUCACCAAAAACCCUAUCUCUUUCAUCGCCAUCAUUCUUUGUUCUCUCUUCUUCUUUUUUCUCCUCUUUCAUGGCUUCUCCGAUCAUCAUCAUCACCCACGAGCUUUAAGAAUAAGCUCUCGGCGGGUAAUCAUGGGCGUAGGUUUUGAUUUUCAGUCGUUUCUGCAGCAUCGCGGCCACCGGAAACAUCUGGCUUCGGCGGCGCCGGAAAGUGAUGAUGAUGAGAUCGACCCGCGUUAUGGAGUGGAGAAACGCCUCGUCCCCUCCGGCCCAAACCCUCUCCACCAUUGA